AUGGUAAAUAGAAAAUUAAAUAUGAUUAAUUUAUUUAUAGAACCACCGCGAGUAGCGACAGCGGUAGGGCCACGGGGCAAGCGGGCGCAGACGCCGCAGCAAGCUGCCAGAUCGCCGCCCGCCCCGCAGCCUGCGCCUGCGCCAGCCCCGCUCAUCCCGCUAACUGCUGUCUCCACGGAACAAGCAGACGCUUUGGCUCACGCCGCAAAAGGUGUCGAAGCCCUCGGUGUAUUGGUGCAAUACUUAGUGUUCCGACUGGAUGCACUAAACGGCAGCUCAUGGCGGGUAGAAGCCGAGCGGUGGCGUGGCGUGGCAGCGGCAGAACGCAGCAGUGCUGCUCGCGCCGACCGCGACCGCCAGCAGCGUGCGCAAAAGGACCUCGACACCAUCGCAGAAUGCCUGAGCAAGAUCUCAGAGCUAGAGAUGGAAGUAUCUUCAAAGGAAGAGGCGAACGCUCGUUUACAAGCCACACAUAUAGAAGAGGUCUCGGCCUUGGCCAACGACGUUAAAGGACUGAAGGACACUAUUGAUUCCCUAAAACAUGAGGUAGCAGAGAGUAGGACGAGGUUGCAUGCCCACAGUGAGAUUGAGCGUACACUACGUGCCCAGCUCGCUGCAGCGCGAGAAGAUGUCGACCAGGGGCCGGGCACUCCAUACCCCUCUGGGGAAACAGGGAAGAAAUAUACCUGUGACGCGGCUUGUGACCCCAUCUGUUGGGAGGCUGAAGAGUGUGAGCUGAGGAUACAGGCUAACGAGGAAUUGAGCAAGGAUGCUACUGAAUUAGCCGCAGAGGUUCGGUCUCUACGCUCGGUGGUAGAACUUAAGCAAGCAGAGGUCGCAUCACUGCGGGAUUCUCGCAGUGAGCUAGCUGCAGAGCGCGAACGGCGCGCCGCCGCCGAGCGUGACGCGGGCAGUGCCCGUCAAGCUGCAGAGGAAUUACGCGAGCGUGGCGCUGCCAGGCAGCGAGAAGUCGAUCGCCUUAGAGACGACAAUCGCCGCUUAAGAGAAGUCGCUGCUCGUGAUCGGGACCACGCCGCGCGUCUUUUGGCCCACAACGAAGAGCUCAGAUACAAACUUCGACAGAAGUCCCAGGUGGUCUCUCUGCUAGCGGGCGGUGCGUACGUAGAGCGCAGUGGGUCUCGUCCCCACACGUGUUCGUCCGGGGACUCAUCCCCUCCCGCGUCUCCCCCCGCCUCCCCUUCUGGUUCCCCCUCGCCCUUAACACCUCCGUUGCCCGCUGUCAAAGGAGUUGUGGAGAAACACGACUCUGUCAGUUGGGUGCUCGAGAUAGAGGAGACGCCUGAGGAGAUGGCUUCCAGACUGGCACGCAAAUCAUCUUUUCGCUCGUCGACAUCCAGUGGCGUGAAGCGACGUGGGGAAGGCUCCCCUGCCCCCGCGUCCCCUGCCCCUAACGCGUCUAAACUUUUCCGGCCAGGUGACUUGGACUUCCCUCCCCCGCCCCCGCCACUUAAGGAAGCCGCCGGAGAGGCCAUCUAUAUAUACGACGAAGGUCACUAUUGA